UAGGUCUCCAGAGUGCGCGCGCGCGCCCUCUCCUCCUCGGCGUCUAUUGAGCCCGUGGGCCGUGUGGCCCAUCACCGUCCCCUCCUCUCUCACCGUCACGACAGCCGGCGCCUAUCUCCGUUUUCCCCCUCCCACCGACGGCGAGGAAGAUGAGCGGUGGCGCGAGGAGGGUCCUGGAGGCGUGGAGGCUCGGGGUGUUCAGGUACGGCGACGCGCUCCAGCUCCAGGAGCGUCUCGUCGCGGACCGCAAGGCCGGCCGCGUCGGCGACAUCGUGCUGUCGCUGCAGCACCCGCCGACAUACACCCUCGGCAAGCGGCGCGAGAAGGCCGAGCGCAACCUGCUCACCCCGGAGGCCGAGCUGAGCGCCCUGGGCGCCGAGCUCCACCGCACGGAGCGGGGCGGCGACGUCACCUUCCACGGGCCGCGGCAGGCCGUGCUGUACCCAAUCCUCUCGCUGCGCGCCCUGGGGCUCGGCGCGCGGAGGUACGUCGAGGGGCUCGAGUCCGCCAUGAUCCAGCUGGCGGCCCUCCACGGCGUGACCGCGCGGCCGGGUGACCCCGGGGAGACCGGCGUCUGGGUCGGGGACCGCAAGAUCGGCGCCAUCGGGGUCAGGAUCUCGUCCGGGUUCACGUGGCACGGGCUGGCCUUCAACAUCGACCCCGAUCUCGGGUACUUCGAGCACAUCGUGCCGUGCGGCAUCGCCGGCAAAGGGGUCACGUCGCUGCGGCGGGAGGUGCCGGACGAAGUGGAGCUCCCUACCGACGAGGCCAUCCAUGACCAGCUUGUCCGGUGCCUGGGGAGAACUUUGGGCUUCACCGAUGUGGAAUUCAAGGACGAUUCUGAGUGUGGAGACAUGAUUGGCGCAGCUCAAGAUGCAGCUACGCAAUCCUGACGCGCGGUUCAAUCUGUAUGCACUCUGCAAUCGGCAUCCUUCAGAAUGUCCUCGGAUCAAUUUUUGGAAUAUUUUUUCAUCUGGUUGUGUUCAAGGUACUCCUGUGUAUCUGUGUAUGUACGAUAGAAGGUAGCAGGCUUUCCUGCAAUUCUGCAGCUAGACAGCUUGUACAUUGCACCAUGGAAUUAGGCACGCACAAAUCUGUCUGUACUUGGUGAUAGAACAACAGUAACACUUAAUAUGCUCCAGCCAUUGUUUCGGAGUUUGGAAUUUUGAAAUCGUUAGUGGUGGUUAGUGGA